UAUCUUUUUCUUGUUUACGCAAUUAACAAUCGGUUCUUAGGACCAAACCUAGGUCUACGUUUUCGCGUACGAUUUUAUCCAGCAAAUGUCAAUGUCUUAUAUCAACUUUUUGUACAGCUGCAAAGAGAUCUUCUUCAUGGACGUUUGUACUGCCCACAAAAUGAAGCAGCGAUACUGGGCGGCUUGAUCCUUCAAUCAAUGUUGGGGGAUUACGACCAGGAAGAAAGAGCUGAAGAUUAUGUCUCGGAGUAUAAACUCUUGUUAAAACAAACAGCUAAGAUUGAAGAAAAAAUUGCUGAAGCACAUAAAUCGUUCAAAGGCUUAACACCUGCAGAAGCUGAAAUGGAAUUUUUGCAAAGAGCAUCGAAAUUGGAUACUUAUGGUUUUGAUCCAUAUACAGAUAAACAAGGGCAAAUGGUUUAUGUUGGUGUUACACACAAAGGUUUAUUUGUAUAUCAAACUAAUCGGAUGGUUCAUCACAUUUCUUGGUAUCUUUUGGUUUUUGUGGGUCAUGCAUCUUCGUCUUCACAGAAACCCACUCCAUUAAAAUUCAAAUGUCCAUCAGGAACUUUUGCAAAGCAUUUGUGGAGGCAUAUACUUUCUCAGCAAGCUUUCUUCACUGAAAGUGAAGCGAAAAAAAUAAAGACCAAAUUUUCAAAACCUCGUAUUCCCAUAUUUUCAAGGGGUUCAUCUUUCCGUUAUCCAAACACCAGGGUUCUGCAUGAAAUUGAGCUGCAGAAACCCUUUGUACGGAAUGGUCCUUUACCACAGGUAGUUCGUUAUGCCCUACCCAAACAGCAGCCGCGACACUUAGUGCGGGAAUGCAAAACGUUACCCCCAAUGCAUCUAAACGAUACGGCAAAUUCGAGUAGGUUUUUGGCUCUGAAAUUAUCAAUUUAUCAAAGAUAA